GCGCGCCCCGCACCUAUAUAUACUUCCCAGCGCGCCGGCGGAUGCAAGCGCCGCACGCCGAUCGAAAAUUCAGACGCUCACACACUCACUCGCAAGAACGCAGCGCCGGCGACGUACCGGCCUACCGGAAAGCGGAAUCUCCACGACGGAUCCCGCGCGCGAGCAGGGCGGCCUCGGAGGCGGACGCGCCGACAUGGGCCGGAUCCCGUGCUGCGAGAAGGACAACGUGAAGCGCGGGCAGUGGACGCCCGAGGAGGACAACAAGCUGCUCUCCUACAUCACGCAGCACGGCACGCGCAACUGGCGCCUCAUCCCCAAGAACGCCGGGCUGCAGCGCUGCGGGAAGAGUUGCCGGCUGCGGUGGACCAACUACCUGCGGCCCGACCUCAAGCACGGCGAGUUCACUGACGCCGAGGAGCAGACCAUCAUCAAGCUGCACUCCGUCGUCGGCAACAGGUGGUCGGUGAUCGCGGCCCAGCUGCCGGGGCGGACGGACAACGACGUCAAGAACCACUGGAACACCAAGCUCAAGAAGAAGCUGUCCGGGAUGGGCAUCGACCCCGUCACGCACAAGUCUUUCUCGCACCUCAUGGCCGAGAUCGCCACCACGCUCGCCCCGCCGCAGGUGGCGCACCUCGCCGAGGCCGCCCUGGGGUGCUUCAAGGACGAGAUGCUCCACCUCCUCACCAAGAAGCGCCCCACCGACUUCCCCUCGCCCGCCAUACCCGACAUGGCGGCGGGCGCCAGCGGGGGCAUGGCCAUGGGCUCGGGCGCGCUCAUCACGCCCUGCUUCAACGCGCCGCCACAAGCCGACGACACCAUCGAGCGCAUCAAGAUGGGCCUGUCCCGCGCCAUCAUGAGCGAGCCCGCCGCUCCCGCCGCCGACAAGCCGUGGCCAUCGGGCGACAUGUCCGAGGGGCUGGCCGGCAUGUACGCCGCAUUCAACCCUGCGCACGCGACGGAGUUCCGGUACGAAGGGACGGCGUCGGGGUACGUCCUUGGGGGCGACGGCGACCGGGGCACGUCGAUGUGGAGCCACCACAGCAUGUACAGUGGGAGUUCCGGCACCGAGGGGGGCAGGCCAGCAUUGCAGGAAAAAGGCAACGACAGCGUUGGCAGCAGCGGCGGCGACGAUGAGGCGGAAGACGGCAAGGAGGGAGGGAAGGGAGCCUCCGACAUGUCGGGGCUGUUUGGAUCCGAUUGCGUACUCUGGGACUUGCCCGACGAGCUGACGAAUAACAUGUGUGACUAAAUUUACACGGCGAGCUUAGCUAGCAUCAUCGAUGAACGUCAGCUCGCCGGAGAGAAGAAAUCCUAGAGGCUAGAGCCAAACGAUUCUAGAAGCACAUAAAUUUCCGACGGUGCCUGAGAAGAGUUAGAAUAAGACCAUUUUUACGGUACCCUGUACUGCUGAUGAGAGAGGGAGCAGUAUAUUCAAAUCUGGCCAUUGAUUUUCUAA